AGUGAUGGGUUUGCCUUGUUGAUUUUGACAACUAUUCGAUUCGCCGACCAUUUAAAGCGUGGUUCAGCAUCAAACUCGGUUGAUUUACAUUAGGGUUGUCCAGUGCAACCAAAUCGAUACCUUCCUUUAUGUCCACAAAACCUUUGAUUUUUAUCGCAAAUUCGGUUGAAAUUUUUUUUUUGCAAAUGCAUCACGUAGAGGAUAUUUUGAUAAUUUGAAAAAUGAAUCCAAUAAGAAAAUUUUGUGGGGAAAGAAACAAAUCUAGGCAAUCUGCCAUAAUGAUUCGAUUGACAUUUCAUAAAAACUGUACGCGCGGUUCAUACAUUGUGACUGCAUCAUCGUCAUCGCUCGCGUUUAUGUGUUGGUUCAUAUACAUUAGCUUUCUCUAAUGGAAUGCUAUCUCUCUCACUUCUGACACGUCUAUCGCUAAAUUGAAAUUUUGUACGAAACACGAAUGAUUGUUUGUCACGGCGGAACAAUUUGGUUUUUUUUUAUUUCAGUUCAUUUGUGCACGAAUUCUCGUUUACUGUUCGCCUGAUUCUUUCAUUCGAUAACAUUAUUUCGGCCGAAUAGGUCGUAGACAAUGAUAAAAACAGUAAAAUUUAAUUGAAGUUUUAUUGAAUAACAUUUCGGAAUUGAGCCAUCGUAUCAACUCUUGAAAUAUACGUGUUCAUUGGUGGAAGUGAAAUGUUCACAUUAUUUUAACAUAGAACAAUAUUUUUUUUUAUUUGUUGAAAUUAAUUUCAACAUUGAUUCCGUAUUUGUUUGAUUCACGCAUUUAUAAAUUUAAUUAAACGAACGAAAUUUGGUGUGUCUGUGUGUCGGAGAGAAAGAAAAAGAGAACAAGAACAAGCGACAGAGUUUCCUGGUGGUGUGGCAUUUUAAGUGAAGUAUACUACUAUUACGGUGUACGUAAAGUCAUUCUUACGGUGUUGAGUUGUGUGCAUUCAGCCCAGUGUCAGAACAGCUUGGAUUCAUGAAAAGUAAACGAGCUGCACUUUAACAGAGAUGGCCGGACAGAAAUUUCAGUACGAUGAAAGCGGUGGAACGUUCUUCUAUUUUCUAUUAUCAUUUUUGGCUUUGAUCCUUAUACCGGCCACACUAUACUAUUGGCCACGCAAGAGAAAAGAAGAUCCAAACAAAUACAAAGAUGAAUGUCAAUGCCCGGGUUGUGUCAAGAAACGCGUGAUCAUCGCCAACUCGGAACCAUAUAGAUUUCUUAAGGAACUUUUAGUGAAAUUACUGAUCAUUUUGGGAUGGGUGCUGUUAGCCUAUUUAACGUAUCGAGUGUCACAGUUCGACUACGAAAUGUCCAAUUUCGAUCCAUAUGAAAUUUUGGGCUUGGAAUCGAGUGCAUCGGUGGCAGAAAUUAAACGUGCCUAUCGUAAACUCUCGCUGCAACUGCAUCCGGACAAAGAGACCGGUGAUGAGAAGGCGUUUAUGAAACUGUCAAAAGCGUAUCAAGCAUUGACCGACGAAGAAUCGCGCAAAAACUGGGAAAAAUACGGUAAUCCAGAUGGGCCAGGUGCAAUGUCAUUCGGUAUUGCGUUGCCAUCAUGGAUUGUUGAAAAGGAAAAUUCCGUAUGGGUACUUGGAUUGUAUGCACUGGUAUUUAUGGUUGCGCUGCCCGUUGCGGUCGGCACAUGGUGGUAUCGCUCGAUUCGAUUCAGCGGUGAUAAGGUUCUCUUAGAUACAACACAAUUAUAUUUAUACUUUUUCCACAAAACACCUCAAAUGGCCAUGAAACGUGUCAUCAUGAUUUUGGCCGCCAGUUUGGAAUUCGACAAACGUCACAAUUCACAAAUCAUCGAACGACCAUCGGACAAUGACGAGGUUCCUUCGCUAAUUCGUCAGUUGCCAAAUUUGAACGAGAAAUGUAAAGAAGUGCCUCUGUGUAGGAUGUAUUCGGUGAAAGCGCGCGCCAUUUUGCAUGCACAUUUAGGCCGUAUCGAACUCAAUCCAGACACAUUGGACAUCGAUCGCCAAUGUAUCGUACAAAAAUGCCCAUAUUUGAUCCAAGAAAUGGUGUCCUGUGUCAAUCAACUCAUCAUGUUGGCCUACGCACGUCGAAUUUCAAAGUUGCCAAGCAUUGAAACCAUUGAAAAUUGCAUGAAACUAUCGCCAAUGAUCAUCCAAGGUUUGUGGGAGUUCAAGAGUCCAUUUUUACAGUUACCUUUCGUAACCGAUGAUCACUUGCGUAUGUUCUCAACGAAAAAGCGUCACAUCAAAAAUUUACAACAAUUCGCCCAACUGAAACCAGAUGAAAGCCGACACGUGUUGAAGCAUUUGAGCGACUUUGAAUACGAACAGGUGUUGCGUGCUUUGGGCAGAAUGCCGCUCAUCGAUUUUAGCAUUCGAUGCGAAGUUAUUGACGAUGAAAAUACAAAUGUUGUUACUGCUGGUGCAAUAGUUACAGUUACAGUCACUUUGGUGCGCAGCAAUAUGAGUGAAUUAUUUGGCAAUGCUGAUGUUGCUGAGAAACAGGGCAUCAAUGACGAUGAGGAGCAACCAGAGGGUGAAGGAAACGAGGAGCAAGCACCAGCACCUCCACCGGUGAAACGUUCUGCAUGGGCUAAGCCUGCUCCACGGAAAUCACACAAAAGUGCCGGUGCAAAGAAUAAACACAAAGGAGGCAAAGUGAAGCAACCGGUUGCGGUGAAGCAAGACCCCGCCAAAGUUGUGUCGGGCGGUGAGAAGACGGCAGCUCCAACAAAAGACGAAUCUGAUUCGGAAGGUGUGGCCGGCGAUAGUGACAAUGAAAAUGAUAAGAAUGAUGCUGGUGGCUCGGAUCGUUCGUCGGACAACGAAGACAACGACAAGAAAGUGUCUUCAGUGGAGGACGACGACGAAGAAUGGGAAAAGUUCCAGAAGAAAUUGAAUAAGCGCGAAAAACUGGAGGGUAAAUCGAAAAUAUCGCAUAGCGUACACUGUCCAUACUUCCCAGAAGACAAGCAGGAAUAUUGGUGGACGUAUAUUUGUGAUCGAAAAUCAAGAACACUGCUGACCGCCCCAUACCAUGUCACGAAUUUGGUUGAUCGUGAAGAGGUUGCAUUAAAAUUCACAGCACCCAGAUGGCCGGGCGUCUAUACAUUCUCCGUAUGCUUGAGAUCAGAUUCAUAUGUAGGCAUGGAUCAGCAGCUCGAACUGAAAUUAGAUGUUAAGGAGGCAUCAGCUGUACCAACAGAGCAUCCUCAAUGGGAUAUCAGUGAGUCCGAGUCCGAAAAGGAGGAUCCACAUGGAAAUGAAAGUGAAUUUACCACAGACUCUUCGGACGAAGACGAUUAAACUCGAAAUACUUCAAUCCAUCUCUCGCCGUCGUUGUGACGUCACAUUGGUCUAUAAUUCUUUCUAGUAUGAUGUCUUGGAUCUGUUCGAAUCAAUGGCAUUAUUUAUAAUGUUAUUUACAAAUAUACAACAACAACAAAAAAACAACAAGCAAAGCAAAACUACAAUAAACACAAUUUUGGAUGUUAAUCAAUUAAAACAAAAACAAAGCGACAGAACAGUUCCAAUUCAACGUUUAUACGAAAAAGAAAGGAUUCAGUUGUUUUCUAAUUUAUUUUUGAUAGUGAAAUUCCAAUGAAUUAAUAUAAAUAAAAAAAGAAUCAACAAAUAAAA